AUGGUUAGCCAGAAUGCCAGCCAUGCGAUCGACAAGUUCUCAACACUGAUGUCUCAAUACGAGUGGAACGGUAUGAACAACAGGAGUGGAGAACUGGUCGACGAAAUGCAGAUUCAAUUCAAUUGUUGCGGAGCUUUGAAUGGCUCUCAGAGUUGGGAACCGUUGAGACCCAUCAGAAUUCAAUUCAAUUGUUGCGGAGUUUUGAAUGGCUCUCAGAGUUGGGAACCGUUGAGACCCAUCAGAGUACCCAUCGGUGCCUAUCCUUUGUCUUGUUGUAUGGAUGACGUGAAGUAUGGUUUAGAAAACCAAUGGUGUGAUGAACAACAGGUCCAACACAGGGAGUCAUGUAUUGCAGCGACUGAUCAGAUGGUCAGCAAAGUCUCCAAUUCUCUUCAGAUAACAAUAGACAUCACAAUAGAGGCGGCAAUCGUGCAGUUGCUGUGCAUUGUAUCGGCAACUGUCAGUCAAAACUUCAACAGAGAUUAUGUUGGGGUGGCCUACUCUCCCUAUACGAAGCACUGGGUGGGACAGACACUUCCGUAUUGGAACUCAUAUACUCUCGAAGAUAUCGUGGAUAUGUUGAAUGUGGUGAACAGUCGGUUCAGGAGUCUAGCGACAUAUGGGAUGGGAGUUGCCGGUUAUAAUGUCCACAAUAAAUGGGAUCAAACGGACUCUAAUUGUCUGGUGUCUCGAGCGGCCGCUACCAUAAACCACAACAAAAAUCAAAUGGCAUUACAAGUAUGGCAGGGAAUUAACCAAAAUGAAGACCAAACUCUGCAACAAACGGAAAUUAAUAAUGCAUUUUCUGCCGCACAGGAUGCUAAUGGCAUAUACGGAAACACUGUAAAGGGUCUGAUAUUCACUAAUGAGUAUUUCACGUCUGAGGCGACGGGUAAUCGUAUAUUAAAUAUGAUAACCAGUAAUAAGAAUAAAGCGCAUCAGAUGAAUGUGAAAGUGGGCACAAGAAUACAUGUCUGCGGUUUGAUUCAGGGGUCGGGAGCCAUGCACGACAUCCUCGCCAACAUUGUCAGAGAGUCCGACUUUAUUAUGUGUAAUGUCUAUCCCGACAAUAAUGUGGUCAAAGCCGGUACUCAGCAAUCGGUCGAUGCGGUCGGCAAUGCUUUUCUUAGUUAUAGACAAAAGUUUAAAGAAAUUAAUGCAAACAUUGAGGUUAUGAUUGGAGAGACUGGUUGGCCGUCGCAAGGCAUCAGUUUUAAUGCUUCGCCCAAUAAUGUGAAAAAUUUAAGAGACUAUUGGACCCAAAUGGGUGUCUGGGCGGACAGAAACAAGGUGUUGGUUCACAUGUUUGAAGCCAUUGAUGAGCCCUGGAAGUCGAGUCAAACGUCUAAAGAUAUGCAGUCUCCCAGUGGUCCCAAUGGUGGUGAGGGUCACUAUGGCUGGUGGCAAAGGGUUGACACCGGUGGUAAACCUAACUAUACUGAAAAA